AUGAACAAUAGCAACCAGGGAACACGAUACCCGGGCACCAUUCCGCAAGGAAUCCCCAUCGCCUACCCCGCACAGGCAGGAGCUCCUAACCCAUAUCAGUCAUUGCGUGGGGUAUUCCCCGUAACCACACAAGCAUUGGUAGCGCAGCAACAACAACAACUUCAGCAACAGCAGCAGCAACAACAGGCCCAACUUCAGCAACAGCAGCAGCAACAACAGGCCCAACUUCAGCAACAGCAGCAACAACAACAGGCCCAACUCCAACAGCAACAGCAGCAACAACAACAACAACUUCAGCAGCAACAACAACAACAGGCUCAACAGCAACAACAGCAGCAGCAACCCCGUGGGCGUGUGGCAGUGGAAGGUCCUUACGGCCUCCUCGCACUACCAAACCUCAUUCAACAUCCUGUUAACGCAGAAAAGUCUGACAGCGCUGCAUUUUUGUAUCUUACACGUGGCUUUGAACUCAACUCACUCGGAAUUAAUGUCGCUCAGCAGAGGCCUCUACACCCAACACUCGCGAGUAUUGCAUUAGAACGGCCAGAGGUGCCUGUCAUUCCCGAAUAUCGCAUUCCGGAGUGCUACAAACAGGCCAGGCCACGGCAGCCCACAUUCAGGAUGCUGCAGAAAUAUAAAAAUGAAACUCUGUUUUACAUAUUUUACUCCAUGCCGCGGGACUUACUGCAAACGGUAGCCGCUAAAGUGCUCGUGUCGCGAGGUUGGUGCUUCCACAAGGCGCGGCAUCAGUGGAUGCGGCGCGUAGUGCAGAACGAGUACGAGGUUUUCAACCAAAAUGCAUGGAAGUUAGAAAACGAGGAAAUGCAUCAACUGAACGCGUCGGAUCUUCUGCGCGAUAUUCCCGAUUCUUUCCUUGCUGCACCGGGAACGACUGGCACGGGUGCAGCGGCCCCACCGCCCACAUCAACCAACAGCAACAGCAGUGGUAAUAAUAAUAAUAAUAAUAACAGUAGUGUGGUGGGAGGGGACUGA